AUGCCGCCUCCGCCACUGCUGGUUCCUGAAGAGGAAGGGCAGAGCAACACCUCAACGGUAGCAUCUGCAUCUCCACGAUCCUUGGACUGUUUCUCCCAAACUGGGGCUGGAUUGAAAGAACGCAAUUACCUUAGAUUGUCCGAUUGCUCAUCGGUGGACAGUUCUGGUGUCCCAAGCUUGUCUGAUGAGGAAAAGGUGAACCUGAAUUUGAAAGCUACCGAGUUAAGACUCGGCCUUCCUGGAUCCCAGUCGCCUGAAAGGGAUCUGGAUCUUUUUUCUUUGAGCUCAACUAAGCUUGACGAGAAACCGCUGUUCCCUUUGCUUCCCACCAAAGAUGGAAUUUGCUCAUUGUCCCAGAAGAACGUGGUUUCAGGAAACAAAAGAGGUUUCGCCGACACAAUGGACGUGUUCCCUGAGGCGAAAUAUAAUAGUAAUGCGCGUGUGAACAUAUUGCUUUCGCCUAGACCCUCUACAGCUCAACCUACUACAGUUAAAGAUAUAUCAAACAAAGUGUUACAAGAGAGCUCUUGUGCAGCAAAUGGAACUGGUGCUCCCGUCAAUGGCAGCGCACCAGCUUCUAAAGCACAAGUUGUUGGUUGGCCUCCUAUUAGAUCAUUUAGGAAAAACUCAUUGGCUACCACUUCUAAGAACAACGAUGAAGUGGACGGCAAGCCAGGUCCAGCUGCACUCUUUGUGAAGGUUAGCAUGGAUGGUGCUCCUUAUCUGAGGAAGGUAGAUUUAAGAAACUAUACAACGUACCAGGAACUGUCUUCCGAUCUUGAGAAGAUGUUCAGCUGUUUUACCUUAGGUCAAUGCGGUUCUCAUGGAGCUCCAGGAAGAGAAAUGUUGAGCGAGAGCAAGUUGAAGGACUUCCUGCAUGGUUCUGAAUAUGUUGUCACUUAUGAAGAUAAAGACGGUGACUGGAUGCUUGUUGGAGAUGUACCGUGGGACAUGUUCACUGACACAUGCAAAAGACUGAAAAUCAUGAAGGGUUCUGAUGCAAUUGGCUUAGCUCCAAGGGCUAUGGAAAAAUCCAAGAGCAGGAGCUAG